GUGAGAUUUCAAGUUUCUGAGUGGUCGAAAGGGUCCUCAAAAUGUGUUUCAUGUUAAUUGUGUUGACAAUAUCAGUUUUGAGCACCGUCGAUAACGCACCGCUGACUCGCUGGGAAAAAAACUCUAUAUGUGAGGAACUUCCAGUCUUAGUUCUUGGAAAUAUUCUCGGAGGUGCAUUUAACUCGCGUUAUAUGAGCAUCGACCGUCCCAUCGAAGAGAAGCCUCAAACAGGGGGCAAACGUGGAGUUUCCUUCGCAGAGGACUUUUACGUAGACAACGAUUUCAUCGAGCAACUGGACAACAAACCGGCGUGGGAUGUUACAAAUCUCGUAGUUGUCUCGAAGAAGAAAUACGGAUUACAUCGCAGCAAGAGAGGUGUUGACUAUUUGCAACAGUGGCAUUGCAAGUCGAAAAUUGAAUGGACGGAUUUAGGGCCGGAUUAUUUUCCGAGAUAUUUGAAAUCGGUGGUGUGUUUGAGUGAAAAUUGUUGGUUUGGGUUGUAUAAGUGUAAACCGAGAUCUUUUUCGGUUAAUUUGUUGCGACGAAAAAAGGGGUUUUGUGCCAAAGGGGGUAAAAGUACUCAUAAAGUGGGAGUAUCGGGCUUACCGAACGAUUUGAAAGAGAUGUGGGUCUGGGAGGAAAGGGCUGUCAAUUUUUGUUGCGACUGUACCAGAGUAUAAAAAUUUAUAUUUUUCUUUAACGUAUGUAUUCGUACUUAUUUAUAAUUAUUUUAGUUAUUAAUUAUAUAUUUACAUAUUAAGUAUAACGCAAAAGCGAAAUUGUACCUUUUGUUAAAAAUUGUAAAAUAACUAUGUUAUUUCUACUAAAAUUUUGAAUAAAGGUCUGUAUUUGUAGAUUAAAUAAAGCAUUCA